GGUGGGUGGUUGCGGGGCGGUAGCGUCGAGUGUGACUGAGCCGGAGGAGCGUCCCCCGCCCGGCGGCCCCGCCCCGCCGGCCCGGCCAUGGAGUCCUACGACAUCAUCGCCAACCAGCCCGUGGUCCAUCGACAACGGUUCCGGGGUUGUCAAGGCUGGCUUUGCUGGUGACCAGAUCCCAAAAUACUGCUUCCCGAACUAUGUGGGGCGCCCAAAGCACGUCCGGGUCAUGGCGGGGGCGCUGGAGGGGGAUCUCUUCAUUGGCCCCAAAGCAGAGGAGCACCGGGGCCUGCUGUCCAUCCGCUACCCCAUGGAGCACGGCAUCGUCCGGGAUUGGAAUGACAUGGAGCGGAUCUGGCAGUACGUGUACUCCAAAGACCAGCUGCAGACCUUCUCCGAAGAGCACCCAGUUCUCCUGACGGAAGCCCCCCUAAACCCCUGCAAGAACCGUGAGAAGGCAGCUGAGGUUUUCUUCGAGACCUUCAACGUUCCAGCGCUUUUCAUCUCCAUGCAGGCCGUCCUCAGCCUCUACGCCACGGGCCGCACGACGGGCGUGGUGCUGGAUGCGGGGGAUGGCGUCACGCAUGCGGUGCCCAUCUAUGAGGGCUUCGCCAUGCCGCACUCCAUCAUGCGGGUGGACGUGGCCGGGCGGGACGUCUCGCGCUACCUCCGCCUGCUACUGCGCAAGGAGGGCUACGACUUCCACACCUCGGCCGAGUUCGAGGUGGUCAAGAUGAUAAAGGAGCGGGCCUGCUACCUGUCCAUUAACCCCCAGAAGGACGAGGCGCUGGAGACAGAGAAGGUGCUCUACAACCUGCCGGAUGGGAGCACGCUGGAGGUGGGCCCGGCCCGCUUCCGAGCCCCUGAGCUGCUCUUCCAGCCGGACCUGGUUGGGGACGAGAGCGAAGGGAUCCAUGAGGUCUUGGCCUUUGCCAUCCAGAAAUCCGACAUGGACCUGCGGCGGAUACUCUUCGCCAACAUUGUGCUGUCCGGCGGUUCCACGCUCUUCAAAGGGUUUGGGGACCGGCUGCUCAGCGAGGUGAAGAAACUCGCCCCAAAGGAUGUCAAGAUUAAGAUCUCCGCCCCGCAGGAGCGACUGUACUCCACGUGGAUCGGCGGCUCCAUCCUGGCCUCACUGGACACUUUCAAGAAGAUGUGGGUGUCGAAGAAGGAGUACGAGGAGGACGGGGCACGGGCCAUCCACCGCAAGACGUUCUAGGUGCGGGGCCAGCGGCUGCAGCUGGUGGUUGGGGGAACUCGGUCAGGGCGUGCCCUUAUGUUACUCCUUUCCAAUCCAGGGCAGCUAGCAGCAGCCCUCCCGCAGGGCCUCGCCCUCCCUGCAUCAGCUUCCGGCCUCCUUGGGGGAGCAGGGCAGCUCCCUCACUCCCCCCAUCAGCUGGACCCCUCCGAGCCGCUCGUCUGUGUGCACACGGCCCCCAGGCCUGGCCUUGAUCCCUGCUGCCCCGGCCGCGCCCUGCACCUGUGGGGAUGGGAUGGGCCACUCAGCUCUGCGCUGGCAGCCUAAGCCCUUGACCCCCCCGCUGCCCUCAGAGCCCCUGGGGCCCCAGCCUGCUUAGUGAUCCUUGGGAGCCCGGCAAGGGGAUCUGAAGGCAGCGACCCCCUAGGAGUUGGGCUUUGGCCUGAGGGUAGAUAAGGCUCCAAGGGGCUUCUAGUCCCAGGCUAGAUCCUGGGUCCUGCCCUAGGAGAGCCCACCUGGGGCGCAUAGAUCCAGCACCCACUGCCAGGCCCCAAUGGCUGCCCUCAGCCCUUGCUGCAGAGGAGGGGUGGAAGCCCCCAGAGGCCUGCAGCAAAGCCCUGGUGGCACCAGGCUUCUCCCUAUUCAGGGCCAUGCUGGGGCCAAGCUCCUUCCAACAGGGGGCCCUGAGCAGCUGGCUCUGCCCUUGCUCCAUGGGCACCUGGCGCAGAUUCACCGCGGAUGUGAGCUGGGGUCCAGCUGGCUCUGGCCCAGGCAGGGGUGUGGCUGCCCCCUCCCCCCCACGGCCCCAGGGGGGCGUCCCAGUCACAGCCCCUAGCUCGCCACCCAGAGAGCAGCCGCCUCGUGGUGCUACACAUGGGCCACCCCCAGCCUCCUGUAGCCAUGGCCUCUGGCCCUGGGCCUGGAGGGGCCCCUGGAGCAGGGCAGUGGUGUGCCUGGCCCUGUGGAGCUACUACCUGGGUGCUCAGGGGCCUGUGGGCAGGGCCGUACCAACCCUGGAUUGGAAAGGGGUGAACCCCCCGAACUUGUUUUUAAAGGGCAGCAACUCAAUGACCUGCCCCAGAGCGAGGCGAGGGGCCGGCGGGCACCUGGAGGGGCAGAGCUCAGCUCUCUAGCCCGGGGCUAGCAGCCUGUGUCUGUAUCUCGGCUUCUCCCCUUACCCCCCUGACGCCCAAGCAGUGUGCAGCGCCAGUCAAAGCAACAAGUGGCCCCCGCCCAAGCCUGGCUGCCAUGUACAAAACUGAACACAGUUGCCUGUAUUUUUUUUUUGUAAAUUCAUUAUAGUAAUAAUUAUAAAUUAA